AUGGGCGUUAUGCAGCACAUGAUGGCCGGUGGGCAAGCGCCUAUGGGGAGCUUCGACCCUACUGGAACUAACGGCAACGGGGUGUUGCCACAGGAUAACCCUUGUAAGGUCUUCUGUGGUGGCCUACCUGCAACUGUGGAUAGAGAGAGGCUACGACAGCACUUUGUGAGGUAUGGAGUCGUCACUGAUUGCAUCGUGAAAAUUGAUCGCACCAGUGGUCGCUCUCGUGGUUUUGGAUAUGUGACUUUCCAGACGCCCGCUGAAGCCCAGGCUGCUAUCCAGGGUGGGGGUGAUGGGCAGGGGAAUACCAUUGAUGGCAAAUGGGUGGAAGUAAAACCUUCCACUCGAGAGGGAACUGGCCCUAGUAAGUUCAUGCAAGGUGGUGUUGCGCGAUAUCACAUGGCAGGCCGAGGAGGGUGGGGUAUGGCGCCUCCCCCACCACAGCAUUAUGUGGCGAGUCCGCAGCCACCGCAGCAGUAUGGUAAUGGUUACGGUGUACAGCAGACUUCUAGUCUUACUGGUGGCCAUCCUCGUCAUCACCAUCAAUCGCCUCUUAUUGGGUAUGGGUCUAGUAGUGGGCUCAACCCAGGCAAUGGAAAUGGCGCGACUAGCAGCAAUGCUUAUACCAACAACAGUCCGGUUGUCCAGCAGCAAAAUAACGGAUAUGUUCCGCCUGCUGGAGUGAUGUCUCCAGCUCAUGGCUAUCACCAUCUACUACAACACCAACAGCAAAAGUCGAGGUCAGUGGCACCUCCUGCUACCUAUGCUCACCAACAACAACAGAACUCUGCGUCGCCACAGAUUUACACUCCGCAAACUACUGGUGAGGAACCCAUUUUG